AUGGCAACACUUGACAGUUUUCACAUCAUGAUAGUUUCAAAGUAUUUUGCAACAAUCAAAGACUUUAUCAAUUUGGAGAUGGUUUGCAAGAAGUACAAUGGAAACACAAAAAAGUUCCAUUUCAACCCAAUUCCAUUGACACACAAAACAAAUAUGUUAUUCCCAAACAUCGAGACACUUCAUCUGUGGUCUGAAAAAGACGAAAAUUUUGGCAAUGAAAUUCUUGCCAACACCCAAAACAACACAAAAGGCAAAAUUGUUGCAGAGAAAAAUUAUUAUGAAAUAGUAGUGUGGUUUAGUGUUGAUUAUGAAACAGUUGACAAAAACAAUGGAAAAAACAUCAAGUUCAAAAAUGUCACAUACACUUCCAACAACAUAAAUAAAUAUGGCAAUACCAUCCCUACCUGCGUUAGGUCACUUGAUGACUGUUGUUAUUAUGACUGUAAUAGCAUCAACAACGUCAAUAUACCAUCAAACGUUAAAUCGAUUGGUUAUGAUUGUUUCUGUAAAUGUAGCAAUUUGAGCCACAUUAUAAUACCGCCAAGUGUCACUUUAAUUGGUGAUUUCUGUUUUGGAAGAUGUUAUAAUUUGGAUAGCAUUGAUAUCCCAUCAAGUAUCUCAAAAUUGAGUGAUCGCUGUUUUUUCGAAUGCAGUUCUUUAAGCCGUGUAAAUAUAGCACCAAGUGUGACAUCAAUUGGGUACAACUGUUUCUCUGGAUGCAGCAGUCUCAUCGAGGUAGAAAUACCAUCAAGUGUCACAUCAAUUGAUGUAAGUUGUUUUUAUCAGUGUGUCAAUCUAAGCAAAUUGGUAAUACCAUCAACUGUCGUGAGAAUUUACAAUUAUUGUUUUUUCAGAUGUUACAAUCUGAGCAGUUUGGUGAUCCCGUCAAGUGUGACUGUAAUAGACAACUACUGUUUCAGCGAAUGUGUAAAACUGAGAGAUGUGAAAAUGUCAUCAAAUUUAUUAUCACUUGGAAAUUAUUGUUUCAGUGGAUGUAGUAAUUUGAGUGUAAUAGAAAUACCACAAAGUGUUACAUCAGUUGGGCAGUAUUGUUUUGAUAAUUGUAGUAAUUUAAGAAAUGUAGCGGUGCCAUCGAGUGUUACAUCAAUUGGCAUUUAUUGUUUUAACCAAUGCAUUGCUCUAAGCAGUGUGAUAUUGAAGGCAAAUGUCAAGUUGCUUGGUGAUAAUUGUUUUUGUGAAUGUCGCAGUCUUAGCAAUCUGGAUAUACCUUCAAGUCUUGAAUCACUUGGUAUUUAUUGUUUUAAUAGAUGUUCGAGCUUAAACGAUCUAAUUAUACCAUCAAAUGUAACAUUGAUAGGCGAUUUCUGUUUUGCUGGGUGUAACAAUAUAACCAGUGUGUGUAUAUCUUCAAGUGUCAUCAUUAUUGGCAAUUAUUGUUUUAGUGGAUGUAAAUAUAUAAAUGACGUGGAUAUACCAUCAAGUGUCAAAUCAAUUGGGGACUAUGCUUUUAGUGGAUGUAAUAAUCUGAAAAUUGUGGAAAUACCAUCAAGUGUCACGUCUAUAGGUAAAAACUGUUUUCCACCACAAACCAAAUGGUGUGUUCUGAAUAUGCAUAAUAAAAGCACUGUCAUGCAGAGUAAUACAAACAACAUGGAUCUACCGAAAGCAAUUAAACACACAAUAAUUGAUAACUUCAGUUCACUAAAUUUAUUUGUCAAUAAAAGUACAUUAUCAGGGUCUGUUUUACAACUUAAACACGUUAAAUGCGACAUCAAUUUAUUAAAUAAAAAA